AUGAACAUGGUCAUGUUCAACAUUAUAGGGCUCCUGGCGCUCACGCUCUUCGCGGCCAUCGGGAAGCGAGCCUUCGAGAGACAGGAGCGGGCGCUUUUCGCGGGGCUCCUGUCGGAGAAGCGGAUGCGGUGCCAGGCCGAGUUCCAGCUGUCCAAGGUGGACCUCGGCGAAGCCGCCCGGGCGGAGGACCUCAGCUCCGACCGGUCCGACAAGCUGUCGCGCCCGGGGACGACCAUGAGCGCUGCGGCCUUCGAGGGCAGCGAGGAGAGCGCAUCUUUCGACCAGGUCCGUGCCAUCGGCCAGCGGGAGCAGUGGCUCAUCGCCAGCGGCGAGGUGCAGAUCCUGCCCGACAGGGUCCUCGGCGAGGGUGGCUUCGGCAUCGUCGUGUCGGGGCUGUACCACAACACCGUGGUGGCGGUGAAGGCGCCGAAGCAGGACAUCGCGAGGAAGGACGGCAUCAACUCGUCCCUGCCCGAGCUCUGCAACGAGCUGAGGAUCCUUCGCCGCAUCCGCCACCCCAACAUUGCCUUCCUGUACGGGGCGUGCAUGGACGACACCCUGAGCAGGCUGUGCCUCGUGCUCGAGUUCGUGGACGGCGUGCCCCUCGGCGAGUUCGUCCGGGGCCUCCCGCGGGAGCCGCGCGGCGGGCCCGCGGAGCCGCUCGCUGGGGCCUCGGAGGCGGGAGUCCUGGCGAGCAGCCUCUCCGCGAGGUCCCUGAUCGUCUUCGACAUCCUGAACGUGCUGCGAUACCUACACUCGCGGCAGCCCGUCGUCGUCCACGCCGAUCUGAAGGACUCCAACGUCUUCGUGGAGGAGCGGCGCAAGAGGAGCGGGCGGACCUACCACGCGAAGGUGCUCGACUUUGGCCUCUCGCGGGUCCUCACCCGGAGGGCCAAGCCUCUCGGCGGCACGCUGCGGUGGAUGGCGCCAGAGUUGUUCUCGCGCGUGCCCCCCGACGCGGCCGCGGACUGCUACUCCUUCGGCCUGCUGGCGUACUUCAUCGCGACGGGGAGCGUGCCUUUUCAGGGCUGGCGACCCGAGCACGUGCACAAGCGGCUGAGGCGCAAUCAGCCGCCCAGCCUGACGUGGCCCACGGCCGCCGACGAGCUCGCGCUGGCCUGCCGGCCGCUGGUGGAGCAGUGCAUCCAGCCGAGGCCCGCCUUGCGGCCCACGGCGCAGCAGGUCAGCGACGAGCUGUCCGCGGCGCUAUGCGGCAUCGUCAGCGGGGCGACGGGGGCGGUGGCCGAGCAGCCGGGCACGGGCAGCGCAGGCAGCGGCAGCAGGAAUCGGUCGUCCGGCGACACCGGGACCACGGCCGAGGACGCCUCGGUUGGCAACGAGUUUCAGGAGUUCAAGGGCCUGGUGGAGGUGAGGCAGGCAGGUGGCGUCAGCGUUGGCUCACUGGUGCCCCGCAUGGGCUCCAGGGACCUGCCACCAGUGCAGGAGCACGAGGUCUUGCAGACAGGAGAAUCUACAGGCGGCGCCGCCGCGCCGCCGUCCACGGUGUGCACGGAAGUUCCUGGGAGCGCAAGGGCGCGGAUGACCCACCCCGAAUACGAGCCGACGCCGAUGAGCACGCAGACGCUCACGCUGUCCUACCUGCUGCUGCAGUGGAACGUCUCGACGUCGGGGAGCGCCUGCUGCUGGCUGCACGGCGCUCUGCCCUCACUGGACAGGGUGCGGGAGGAGCUUAGCAAGAGGCCCUGCAGCGCGCGGCAUGACAGCAUGUUCUGCGGUCAGUGCAGCAACUGUGGCCUGCUCACGAUGGAGGGGCGAGCUCUCCUGCGAGUUCUGCAGGUGCCCGGAGGCCACGGGCAGCGUGCUCGGCCUCGCGAGCUCGGGCAGCACGCUCGCGGUCUGAGCCGGCCUCCUUCCCUUUCGCCCUCCAGAGUGCACGCCUGA